UUUUUUUUUUCUCAAACAGGUUGUUUAUUAUUUGUUUGUUAUUUCAUUGGUUAGCUAAGGUAGCUGAAUUAAAGUUUAUAGUUUGAAAUCAUUUAAGUUAUUGCCGCUUAGAAAUUACGUGAUUUGAAUAUUCAGAAAUGAUUUGUAUUUAUUUUCUUACAAUUUUGGUUUUAGCACAAUUUACUGGUCAAAUAUUUGCCUCUUCAAUCGUGGAUGAGAAAGGAUAUAUUGUUUAUUGUCCAUGUAUGGGAAGGUUUGGUAAUCAAGCAGACCAUUUUCUUGGUGCUUUGGGCUUCGCAAAGGGAUUGGGACGAACUUUAGUGCUCCCACCUUGGGUGGAAUACAGAUAUGGGGAGCCGAGAUCGAUUCAAGUUCCUUUUGACACUUAUUUUGAAGUUAAACCACUUCUGGAGUUUCACAGAGUUAUUACAAUGGAAGAUUUCAUGAAAGACAUUGCACCAACUCUCUGGCCUCCAGAGAAAAGAACCGUAUUCUGCUACACUGCUGCAAGAUCUGAAAAUAAAGGCUGCAAUGCAAAGGAGGGGAACCCCUUUGGACCAUUUUGGGACACAUUCAGCAUAGACUUUGCAGGUUCUGAGUUUUACAGCCCUCUACACUAUGACGUGCACAAUUCAAACAUGUCAGAGCAGUGGAAUGCCAAAUAUAAUCCUUCAGAAUGGCCGGUUCUAGCAUUUGCUGGAGCUCCUGCAAGUUUUCCUGUGCAGUUGGAGAAUAGAGAUUUGCACCGUUAUCUCAAGUGGAACACGGCUAUGAGCAAUGCAGCUAAUGAAUUCAUCAAGACCAAAAUGCCGAAGGGAGGUUUCAUUGGGAUACACCUUCGAAACGGCAUUGAUUGG